AUGGGUAAGGAUGACGACGAUCUUGAAUAUUAUAAAGCAAAACAAAAGGCUGGACAAUUAUCUGUAAGUAAACCAGAAACGAAGACAUCAUCGAAGCCGGUAGCAACAGCCAAAACUGGUUCAUUACAAUCCAGUUCAGCUGGGUAUAUCGCGAUGAAAGAUUCCAAAGAAAAGGAACGCGAAUUUGAACGUUAUAAAGAGAUCACCUUUGCACAAAAAGCAAGUGACCGAGCAAAGAAAAACCCACUAGUUCCGAUUGGUUUAUUAGCCACAGUGGCAGCAUUAACAUUAGGUCUUCGUGCCAUGUCUCGCGGUGAUCGUUGGCAAUCGCAAAUGAUGAUGCGAGCUCGAAUUGGUGCUCAAGGUUUUACAAUUCUCGCUGUUCUCGCAUCUAUCAUGUAUGCUGGCCAAACUCAAGGACCCGUAGACCAACCUUCGCCACCUCGUCGACCUUCUUCUUCUUCUUCUUCUACUUCUUAA